AUGGUUUACAAAAGUGUGCUUGUGUUAGCCCUAAUGGGGUCGCUCCCAUUUGUGACUGCAUCUCCGAAGAAACACCACAACGAAGAUCACAAACACUCAAAGACAUCUUCCACCUCCUCGUCCCAUUUGUCUUCAAUUUCAGUACCACCAUUACAAAGCUAUCACACUUCGAAUGCCCAUACACCUUUCAUGGGAACACCUUGUACCACUGGUGCCCUUACAGCCUCAUCAGUCGGAACUGGUAUAUCGAGCGGCGGCGUGAUGCCGGAAGCAACAAGCUACCCAGCUGAUGGAUUGCUACACCAUGCCGAGCCAGCUGCAUACUAUCCUGCAGGUGGUGUGGGCACGAACGGAAGUAUCCCUGUUUAUAAUACGAAGAGUGAUUUCGACUUUGAGUCGUUGGCCCUUGCUUUGUAUCAGGAGUGGAUCGAACUUGACUUGUUCCAAUAUGCGCUCCGUCGCUUUUCAAAGGAAGACUUCAAAUCCGCCGGGUUGACCGAUGCAGAUCGCGAAUUGAUUGCAUUCAUGGCACAGCAAGAAAUCGGGCAUGCAACUAUGCUCAGCAACAUUUUGGGGACCCAUGCACCCCAACAAUGCUCCUAUGUCUACCCUUUCACCAAUGUCCAGCAAUUCAUCGAUUUUGCGCAGAAGCUUACCCGCUUCGGCGAAGCUGGCGUUUACGGAUUCUUGGCUCAUCUCGACUCGCGCGAGGCGGCGACGUUGCUGACCCAAUCUAUCGCCACCGAGGCACGGCAACAAUUGAUCUUUCAUCAAUUUGAAGGACUGUUUUCUAUGGUUGAAUGGUUUGAAGUCGGUAUACCCCAGUCUUGGGCGUGGACAUUAUUGGCGCCUUUCAUCAGCUCGUGUCCCGAGAAUCAAACCCGGUUGAUAUGGCAGAACUUCCCGGCAUUGACAAUUGUCAAUCAACCCAAUCCAUACGAUAUAGCAAAUUCCACUUUGGGAUUGAAUGAGACUGGUGGAUUCAAUCAGACUGGUGGUACUGGUCACCUUCCAGACUUGAACAACACAUCUGGUAUAGACCAUACCCGCGAGUCAGAAGCCAGCUAUUCAAAACCACACGAUAAUUCUCGAAAGCACAAAAAUUCAAGUUCGGGCAAUUCCUCAAGCUCCAGCUCGAAAUGUGGGGUCUCUGUGAGCAAGCUUCGACCAAAACCGCUCUCAUUCCCCGGUCGUAAUGUGGUUUUGCAGUGGGAUACCCCUGGCAAGAAAAUCGGUCCGAAUGAUAGCUACGUUACAACCAAGCAGGCUGGUUUGGCAAAGUACGUGGUCUGGGUCUCUCAGCUCAAUAUCACUUAUACGCCAUUGCAUGUUGACAAUACUUCCAACAGUACACGUGGUUGGACUUCUCAGCCUGGGCUGGAAACCUAUCAAGGAGAUCCUGCUUUCAACGGAACUAUAUUCAUUGCGGUCACUGAUAGUGAUCCAUACCUCAGUCCGUUUAACUUGAGUUUGAUUAACAGUCAUGUCGUUGCUGGUCCUGCUUUAUACCAGGCGGGUUGA